AAGAUAAUCUGGAUUCAUGCUUGGAACACGUGGUCCGUCUGACGACUCCGCUGAUCUCGGCCCAUUCCUAUCCGUUCGUGCGCUUCGACGUUCAGUCUAUUUCACGAACUGACCCGUCGCCGCGAAUCCAAUUAGGGUUUUAGUUAUCUCCGGCGAUCCUUGCCGCUCCUCUACUGAUGGUUAAACUGCGGGUGGAGAAGCAGGAUCAACAGAGGAGAGUUGCAUUCUUGACCUCUUCGAAGAAGUUAAAGCAGGAAAGAAGGAAUGGGGACAAACGGAGGUGGAGUAGAUCUACAUCUGCGCUGGCGGACGUAGUGGCGACUUCUUCCGCUGGAAACAGCAGGGUGAAGUGCCUUAGAAAGAACAUGGAGCACCAUGAGGAUCUCUCUGGAUUCAUCUUCAUGUGCAGUGGCGAGACGAAACCUGAGUGCUUUCGGUCCCAUAUUUUCGGGCUUCCCUCGGGUAGACAAAAGGCCGUCGAGAAUAUCAAGCCAGGCACAAAGUUGUUCUUGUUUGACUUCGAUCUCAAGCUUCUUUAUGGGGUUUACAAGGCCAUCUGCCAUGGAGGGAUGGACCUGUCGCGGAAGGCCUUCGGAGGUGCCUUUCCAGCCCAGGUGAAAUUCAAGGUUUAUAUGGAUUGUUUACCACUUCCGGAGACAUCAUUUAAACAUGCUAUUCAAGAAAACUAUUACUCGAAGGGAAAAUUCACUCCAGAGCUUAAUUCAAAACAGGUAAGUAAAUUGUUCUCACUGUUCCAUCCUGUAAAGGAGGAUACAUUUAGACAGAUGACUCCACCUCUUACAUAUGUUGAGGAUCAUCGUCAUUCAUGUUAUUCGUCUCUGAGACAGGCACCUCCACCUCGAAAAUAUAUUGAGAAUCAUCAUUAUUCAGCUCAUUCACCCUUGAGACAUACAUCACCGCCUCUUCGAUAUGUUGAGGAUCAUCGUCAUUCAUGUAAUUCGUCUCCGAGACAGGCACCUCCACCUGAAAAUUAUAUUGAGGAUCAUCAUUAUUCAGCUCAUUCACCCUUGAGACAUACAUCACCACCUCUUCAAUAUGUUGAGGAUUGUCGUCACCGUCCCACUCAUUCAACUCCUAAGGAUCGAUAUAGAUCAGGGCAUGUGCCAGAUGCAGCUCUUCAUUUGCCACCCAAAGAAGAUUCAUAUAGGUCAGGCCAUGUGUCAUAUUCAGCUCCUCAUUUGCCACCCAAGGAUCCAUAUAGAUCAGACCAUGCACCACAUGCAACUGCUCUUUUGUCACUUGAGGAACCAUAUAGGUUACACCAUGUACCACAAGCAACUCCUCGUUUGCCAUCCGAGGAUCAUAAUAGGUCAGACCAUGUACUACAUGCAACUACUCGUUUGCCACUUGAGAAUUCAUAUAGGUUAGAUCAUGGACCACAUGCAACUCCUUGUUUGGCACUUGAAGGUUCAUAUAGGUUAGAUCAUGGGCUACAUGCAACUCCUCGUUUGACACCUGAGGAUUCAUAUAGGUUAAAUUAUGUACCACGUGCAACUCGUUUACCACGUGCAACUCGUUUGCCACUUGAGGAUUCAUAUAGGAUAGAUCAUAAACAAUGUAAGAAUCCUCAUUUACCACCCCAGGAUUUGUAUAGGUUAGAUCAUAAACAAUGCAAGAAUCCUCAUUUGCCACCUGAGAAUUCAUACAAGUCUGAUGACCCAUAUAGGUUUGCUCAUCUGCCUCGUGAAGUACUCCCAGAGAAACCAUUUAGGUCAGGUCAUCUGCGACAUUCAGCACCUGUGGAUUUGGGAUGUAUUCGUGAAGUUGAUGCAAAAGAUUCUUAUAAUGGUCAUUCCAUAACACCUGCAGCCGGUCCAUUUCAAACAGAGGCUUCUUGGGCUUGCUAUCCUCAAAACCAUACUUGCGAACGGCUCGUGAGACAAUGCCAGCCAACCCUCUCUUACCAAGCGACUACCACUGGGCAAAAGGCGAUUGCGCUCACCCACCAAGCAACUACCAUUGCAUCUGCAGUUGUGGGAGUGGGAGAGGGAGUGAUCAGUCUGAUUCCAGAGCAAACAAUCAACAAACAAUCUAUCAGCCUCCCAGCAUCAGGAUGCAAAGAUCCAAUUGUGUCAAGCAGGCUGCAACGUGCCCCUAUCUCUUCGCUCUACUCUUUCUCUGGGGCCACUUCAGGAUAUCCCUAGCCUGGUUGUACACUUUAUCAGGAUAAGAAUGGUACCCGGAAGCCUAUCUCUGCUCAUUUAGGUUUUGUGAAAUUUUGUGCGAAAUGCAACUUUCUUUACAGUUGCUCGCUAGGGCUCCUACGGGAUAUUGCUAGGAUGGUUUUUUGGAUGCUUUAUAGGGAUCACUUACAAUGCAUGUAAGCCUUUCUGUCGGAGUUUUUGUGAUAAGCACAUAGGAUCAUCUGCUCAGUUUCUGUUGGCAGUUGUUUUUGUAGCAUGGCAGUUAGGCAAUUGCAUCUGAUACUUUCCACA